CCUUUUCCCUCACAUAUGGAAACAAUGGUCAUGCCAUAAUGAGUCACAAAUGGUCACUGAUGGAAAACCUUGGUGCUUAAAGCAAAAUGGAAAACUAUACCAGUUUUAACUUCAUGUUGUUUGAAAAUCUAGGGUACAUAAGAUAUUCUCUCUUUGUUUUGGGUUUUGUUCUGUACUUUGCUAUAAUAUUCUUUAAUGUCCUUAUUAUGCUUGCGGUGUUUCUGGAAAGGACAUUACACCAGCCUAUGUACAUUCUGAUUUCAUGCUUGUCUAUGAACUCUCUAUUUGGAACAGCUGGCUUUUUCCCAAGAGUUCUGUCAGACUUGCUGUCUGAAACACACUCAAUCUCUCGUGAAGCAUGCUUCUCCCAGUCUUUUGUCAUCUUUACAUAUGUGGCAAAUGAGUUCUCAAUAUUAAUGUUAAUGGCGUUUGACAGAUUUGCUGCAAUUUGUAAACCUUUACGUUACCACAGCAUAGUUAGACCAAGGUUUCUUGCUUGUUUAAUAGUUAUAAAUCUGAAUUGUAUAAUGAUUUUGCUAUGUGUUGCUGCACUUUUAACUACCAAACUGAGAAUGUGUGGUAACAAACUAUUUAAGGUAUACUGCCAUAGCUAUGAAGUACUCAAGCUUUCUUGUGACAACAUUUUAAUCAAUAACGCUUUUGGCUUGUUAUUAGUAAUAAUAACUACUAUCAUCCCUUUAGGUUUAAUACUAUUAUCCUAUGUAAAAAUUCUUAUCAUUUGUCAGAGAAGCUCAGCACAGUUUAAAGGCAAAGCAUAUCAAACCUGUAUUCCACACAUAGUGAUCCUUUUGAAUUUCACAAUUGCUGUAACAUGUGACACCACUUUGAGUCGGGUUGUGAAUUUACAAAUUCCUGUAGGUCUGUCAGUUUUUCUUUCACUUGAGUUUCUCAUUAUACCACCUGUACUCAACCCCCUUAUUUACGCCUUUAACCUGCCUGAUAUUCGCAAAAAAAUGAUCAGCCUUAUAAAACCAUUGAAAUAGAAUUUUUUGUUUUUCAUUUUCUUUCAGAUGCAAUACAUUUUACUCCUAUUAAAGUUUUGUAUUACAUGUUACAUUAUGUCAAAUUACUCUAUCUGAUAUGAUUUUGUAAAUGCAAGAGUAUAAGAACUCUGGUAACACUUUUACAUUUAACUACUGGCUUAUUACCUGCUUAUUAUCAAGACAGUAACUGUUGAUUAGUACUAUAAUCUUAUACUUCAUUGCUAAUCCUACCCAAUAACUAAACCCAAAUUCUACUAUUACCUUACUGUUAAUAAGCAGAUAAUGUAUAGUUUAUUGAGCUAAGUCAUAGUUAUCAGCUUGUUAAAACUGAUAAUUUUACCUUAAGAUAAGUUGUGACAAUUAACUUUAUAUUAUUAAUGUUACUAUAAUUAUGUCAAGUCUCACAGAAUAGUGGCUUCUGGUUUAGACACAUCCGGAUUGGAAUUGUAUCUCGUCAUUUAAUGUAGGUUAUUGAUAUAUUAAAUAUACACACAAUAUUGUGAAUUUGACAGUUUAUCUGUGAUGUUAGUGUGUCUCCCUCAACUCUGAAAGAAAAGAGAUUAUUUGUAUAAGCCCUUGCCAAUAAAAAUGCUUUCCUGAAUUUGCUUUAA